AGACCUGAAAGUGGCACAUGGCAGAGUGUGGCGAUGGAGACAGCAGCAAUGGGAGGCCGUACAGCACCCUAUGACAAAAUGGAACACACCAGCAGUGUGAGGAGACCUGAAAAUGGCACAUGGCAGAGUGUGGCGAUGGAGACAGCAGCAAUGGGAGGCCGUACAGGGACCCAUGAGACACUCUGGACCUGGCAGCAGCAUGAAGAGGCGGUACUGGGGCCCAUGGCAGAUUACAGGCCUGGCAGCAGCAAUGGGAGGCCCGUAAUCUGCCAGCACCCUAUGACAAAAAAUGGAACACACCAGCAGUGUGAGGAGACCUGAAAGUGGCACAU